AUGGCUCAGGGUGUCGGUCAAGCGGCACUCGUCGUCGUUAGGGUACGAACGCUGGGCGUAGCACGUCGGGUUUCAAAAACGAAAUAUUCGUCCGAAGCACGAGGCAAAGGUGCUGAUAUCUUGGAACCAAAGAUGGGUGAUGGAACACCCCUCCGAGCCUCAGAUAUCAUUAUCGACCUAAAACGCGCAUUAGACGGCCUCACCGAGGUACGGAGACAAACACAAAUACAGAAAACCAAGGACAUCUUCAAACUCCGGAUAACGAAUGACCAUGGCGAGGAGGCGGUCUGGACGAUUGAUCUGGAUGUCUCCUGA